AAUAACAAAAACAAAAAUUCCAACCAAAAAAAAAAAAAGUCGAUUCUUCGCUUUGCCUUCAAAUCUCUCCAAUCCAAAUCUCAUUGCCUUCCAUCGUUAUCUCUUUUCCUUUUUCACUUUCUUUGGGAAUCCACGAGAUCUCAGAAUCACAUCCUUGAUUUUGGGAUACUGAUUGGUUUUUGUCCUGAAAUUUACGAUUUCACCUAAAAUUAUUGUGAUAUUUUAGCUUGUAGGGUUAAAUUUUGACGAGAAUUUGGAGACUUUUGGAUUUUUUUUUGUUUUGUUUGUUUGUAAUUAGGGUUGUCGAUUUCGGCGAGCGAACAUGGAGAAGUACGAGCUGGUGAAAGACAUAGGUGCUGGGAAUUUCGGAGUGGCCAGGCUCAUGAAAGUCAAAAACUCUAAGGAACUUGUUGCCAUGAAGUACAUCGAGCGUGGUCCAAAGAUUGAUGAGAAUGUGGCAAGAGAGAUCAUAAAUCACAGAUCACUUCGCCAUCCAAAUAUAAUCCGGUUCAAGGAGGUGGUGUUGACUCCAACCCAUCUUGCCAUUGCCAUGGAAUAUGCUGCUGGUGGUGAACUAUUCGAACGUAUAUGCAGUGCUGGAAGGUUUAGUGAGGACGAGGCGAGAUACUUCUUCCAGCAGCUUAUAUCCGGUGUUAGCUAUUGCCAUGCCAUGCAAAUAUGCCAUAGAGAUCUGAAGCUCGAGAAUACGCUCCUCGAUGGAAGUCCUGCUCCACGUCUGAAAAUCUGUGAUUUUGGUUAUUCCAAGUCCUCUCUGCUGCACUCUAGGCCCAAAUCAACAGUUGGAACUCCAGCAUAUAUUGCCCCUGAGGUCCUUUCUCGGAGAGAGUAUGAUGGCAAGAUGGCUGAUGUCUGGUCUUGUGGUGUGACUCUUUAUGUCAUGCUGGUUGGUGCAUACCCAUUUGAAGACCAGGAAGAUCCAAAAAACUUCAGGAAAACAAUACAAAAAAUCAUGGCUGUUCAGUACAAGAUCCCAGACUACGUCCAUAUCUCACAAGAUUGUAAACAUCUCCUUUCCCGUAUAUUUGUCGCCAAUUCACUCAAGAGGAUUACUAUUGCAGAAAUCAAGAAACACCCAUGGUUCCUGAAAAAUCUACCAAGGGAACUCACAGAGACAGCUCAAGCAGCAUAUUUCAGGAAAGAGAAUCCAACCUUCUCCCUCCAGACCGUUGAAGAGAUCAUGAAGAUAGUAGAUGACGCCAAAACGCCUCCUCCUGUUUCCCGAUCCAUUGGAGGUUUUGGGUGGGGAGGAAAGGGAGAUGCAGAGGGGAAAGAGGAAGAUGAGGAGGAAGUGGAGGAAGAGGAAGAAGAGGAGGUGGAGAAAGAGGAAGACGAAGAAGAUGAAGAUGAAUACGACAAGACUGUAAAGGAAGUACACGCAAGUGGAGAAGUGAGAAUCAGUUGAUUUUUUCUUUUUUUGGGUUUUUGUUUGUGUAAGAAAGUAGUUCUCUUUGGUUUGCUGAAACGUGAAGUCUCUUUAUUUUUUUGUGUUUGCCAUUUGCUAUGCGUUGGUUUUGGUUUUUUGGAGAUUUGUAAAAUUUGCAGUAUAAGAAGAACAAACAGAGUUCGAUUUGUGAGUCCCGUCAGGGUAUGAACAUUGUGACCUCAAAUAUAUUUCUUGUAAAUUAGAUUUUUAUCUUUGGAAA